AUGUUCGACAGACCCACGAUCACAAUUGACACCACGGCUGUCAACCCCAGCCUAGAGACACAACAAAAUGUUGAUAGCACCCAGGUCGUUUCUAGUUCCCCAGUUUCGCUAGCAAGCCAGUCCGAGUUGUUGAGCACACAUAGGAGGAGCUCAUCACAAACACGACUGGACGGGACAUUAGAAAGCAGAGACAGCCGGCCGACAAGCCCACAUAAUGUUUCGCACCCAUUAUCUUUCCGCGGGAAUGGGCCCAACCAGGGCUUCCUCUCGGUUCCCAAUGUCCAAAGAUCCCGCCAAAAUUCAGUGAAUUCAGCAGACGAAACGCGCUCCAUCGCCUCGUCCCAGGGGGAGACGAUCGUUGCUGGCUCAACGCCUGGCGAGAGGGGUGCCCCAGAACUCUCAGAUUAUGAUCGCAUUAUUAACGACCAGAAUGCCAUGAAACCAGAUAAGGGGAGGGAGGCAGACUGGCAGGUUGACGACAACCCGUUUGCCUUCCCCCCGGGAAUGUUAACAAAAAUGAUCGAUCCUAAAAAUUUGGCGACCUUUUAUAAACUAGGCGGCCUCGCCGGCAUCGAGAAGGGCUUGAGGACGAACCGGACCACGGGUUUGAGCGUUGAUGAGACCGCUCUUACGGGUUCGGUUUCUUUCGAGGAGGCCACGUCCACGUCGCCUGACAGCAAGGCGUACAGUGGGAGCGCUUCGUCGAAUCCCCAACGCCAGGAUUCGCCUAAUGAAGCCUUUUCUUCCAGAAAACGCGUUUUUGGCGACAACAGGUUACCCGAAAAGAAGGGCAAGAGCCUCUUACAACUAAUGUGGAUUACCUACAACGACAAAGUUUUAAUCCUGCUCUCCAUCGCCGCUGUCAUCUCGCUUGCCAUUGGCCUCUACCAGACAUUCGGCCAGGAACACGAUCCCACAAACCCCGGUGUUGAAUGGAUUGAGGGUGUCGCCAUCAUCGCUGCCAUCGCUAUUGUCGUCUUGGUCGGCUCGCUGAACGACUACCAGAAGGAGCGCCAAUUCGCGAGAUUGAACAAGAAGAAGCAGGAUCGCAUGGUCAGGGUGAUACGUUCAGGAAAGACGAUCGAAAUCUCGGUUUUUGACGUUCUGGUCGGCGAUGUCAUGCAUCUUGAGCCCGGCGACCUGAUCCCCGUCGACGGCAUCCUCAUCGAGGGUUUCAAUGUCAAGUGCGACGAGUCUUCGGCAACUGGCGAGUCCGACAUCAUCAAGAAGAAGCCCGCCGAUGAGGUCUUCAAGGCGAUUGAGAACCGCGAGAGUGUCAAGAAGCUGGAUCCCUUCAUUCUGUCUGGCUCCCGCGUCAUGGAAGGUGUGGGCACUUACAUGGUCACCUCGACCGGCGUUCACUCUCUCUACGGCCGUACCAUGAUGUCUCUGAACGAAGAUCCCGAGAUCACUCCCCUGCAGUCCAAGCUCAACGUUAUUGCCGAGUACAUCGCCAAGCUCGGUGGUGCUGUCGCCCUUCUUCUGUUCCUCGUCCUGUUCAUCAUUUUCCUGGUCCGCCUGCCAAGACAGUACAAGCCCCUGACUCCCGCUCAGAAGGGCCAGCACUUCAUUGAGAUCUUCAUCGUCGUUGUUACCAUUGUGGUUGUCGCUGUGCCCGAGGGCCUGCCGCUCGCUGUCACGCUCGCCCUGGCGUUCGCCACGACUCGGAUGAUCAAGGACAACAACCUGGUCCGGCAUCUGAAGGCUUGCGAAGUCAUGGGCAACGCCACCACGAUUUGCUCCGACAAGACGGGUACCCUGACUCAGAACAAGAUGCAGGUUGUGGCCGGCACCAUCGGCACGGUUCAUCGGUUUGGCGUAACCAGGACUCCCGAUCAGCAGAAUCCCUCGGAGAAGGAAGUUGGUGUUUCGGAGCUCAUGUCGUCGCUGCAUCCCGAUGUUCGCGAGCUGCUCAAGAACUCGAUCGCGCUGAACUCGACGGCUUUCGAGGGCGAGGGCGGCGACCCGGAUCAGCCGUUCGUUGGCUCCAAGACGGAGACUGCGCUGCUUUUGCUGGCUAGGGAACACUUGGCCAUGGGACCGGUCGCCCAGGAGCGGGCCAACGCGACGACGCUGCACCUGAUCCCCUUCGAUUCCGGUCGCAAGUGCAUGGGUAUUGUGAUCAAGCUGAGCGAGACCAAGGCGCGUCUCUAUGUCAAGGGUGCCUCCGAGAUCAUGCUGGAGAAGUGCACUCAGAUUCUGCGCGACCCGUCGAACGGCACUGCCUCCGCCACCCUGACCGAGGACAACCGCAACACCAUCAAGAAGCUCAUCGAGACGUAUGCGCGCAACUCCCUGCGGACCAUCGGCCUCAUCUACCGCGACAUCGACUGGCCUCCCAGGCCGUCUCGCCGCAUGGGUGCUGAGAAGGACGAGAUUGUCUUCGAGGAGAUCUGCCGCAACAUGACUUUCAUUGGUCUGGUCGGCAUCAAGGAUCCCCUGCGCCCUGGCGUCCCCGAGGCCGUUGCGCUCUGCCAGAAAGCUGGCGUCGUUGUUCGCAUGGUUACCGGUGACAACAAGCUCACAGCCGAGUCCAUUGCCCGCGACUGCGGCAUCCUGCAGCCCGAAAGCGUCGUCCUCGAGGGCCCUGUCUUCCGCAACAUGAGCAAGGCCGAGCAGCUGAGGAUCAUCCCCCGCCUGCAUGUCUUGGCUCGGUCCAGCCCCGAGGACAAGCGCAUCCUGGUUAAGCGCCUCAAGGAGAUGGGCGAAACGGUGGCUGUGACUGGUGACGGUACCAACGACGCUCCCGCUCUGAAGAUGGCUGAUAUCGGCUUCUCGAUGGGUAUUGCCGGCACCGAGGUGGCCAAGGAGGCGUCUGCUAUCAUUCUCAUGGACGACAACUUCACUUCGAUCGUCAAGGCGCUCAAGUGGGGUCGUGCUGUCAACGAUGCGGUCAAGCGCUUCCUGCAGUUCCAGCUGACGGUCAACGUUACCGCUGUCGUCUUGACUUUCGUGUCAGCCGUGCAGAGCAGCGACCAGACGGCCGUCUUGACUGCCGUCCAGCUUCUCUGGGUCAACCUCAUCAUGGAUACGCUCGCCGCUCUCGCCCUCGCCACGGAUCCUCCGUCGGACAGCGUGCUGGACCGCAAGCCUGAGCGCAAGGGUGCCCCGAUUAUCUCGACGACCAUGUGGAAGAUGAUCUUUGGUCAGGCCGUCUACCAGCUUCUGAUCACGUUCCUCGUCUACUUUGGUGGCGUCAAGGUGCUCCCUGGUCCUGAUGACAUGACGGAGGCUCAGAUUCACACUCUGGUGUUCAACACGUUCGUUUGGAUGCAGAUCUUCAACCAGUGGAACAACCGUCGUCUGGACAACAACUUUAACAUCUUCGAGGGCAUGCAUCGCAACCCAUGGUUCAUCGGCAUCAGCGCCAUCAUGUGCGGUGGCCAAGUCUUGAUUGUCAUGGUCGGCGGUCAGGCUUUCCGCAUCGCUCCCGAGGGCCAGACUCCCGCCAUGUGGGGCAUUGCCAUCGUUCUCGGUGUCAUCUCCAUCCCGGUUGGUGUCAUCAUCCGCCUGAUCCCCGACGAGCUUCUGGAGCGCCUGAUCCCCGCAUCCUUCAAGCGCCGCAGCCCUAAGGCCCCUGAGGUGACGAUCUCGGACGACGAGGAGCAGCAGCGCUUCGCCGCCUACCCAUCUGUCAUCACCGAGGUCCGCGACGAGCUCGCCUGGCUCAAGCGUAUGAAGGGCGGCCGUCUCAACAACCUUAAGUUUGCUGUUCGCCAUCCGCGCCAGGCCCUCGAGCGCGCCCGCACCCCCGGCCACAGCCGAGAGCCCUCGCGCUCUAACUCCAUCAACCGCCUGCCGACACCCAACCGCCAGGAUAGCUUCAGCUCUGCUGCCGCGCCGACUCCCGAUCGCCGUCCCAGCCGCAGCGCCCGCUCGCGUUCCAACAGCGCCGUCGGUGUCGCGACCGUCAUGACGGGCAUCGUGGCUAGCUCCAUCGGCGCUGGCUGGUCACCUAUUGACCGCGAUCGUGCCCGCCAGAUUGAGGAGCAGUUUGCUGCUGCGAAUGCCCAACUCGGUAGCAAUAACAACAACCCCCUCAACCUCAGGCCGGGCACCACAUCGAGUGAUGCUCCCGCGGCUUCGACGUCGGCCCCGAUCUUGGAUGGCCCUUUCCACACAGACCCCGAUAGCGUGGAUGUGCCCAUCCUCGGCAUGCCUAAGCCUCCUCGGGCGGCGGAUAACAACAACAACAACAACAACAACAACAACAACAACAACAACAACAACAAAAACAACGGUUCUGGCCCCUCUUCCGGCUCUGUGUCGCCUUCCACUUCAUUGCCGGCCCCCUGA